GGAUAAUGCAACUGCCCACGGAAAGCAACAAAAAAGCCAAGGAAGUUCCACGUCGGACACGACGACUAUAUAACACUGACUCCUCAUCUCGUCUGGCAUUGAGUUUCAAUAUUCGAUCUACACAGCACACCUAACUCAGAAACACAAACCAACACCACUACCACUACCACUCCCAACUACCACACCACCCACUUACCUACCAACCAACCAACCAUCACAAUGGCUCAGAGUCGCACUGGAGUUUACGCCGGUCUCGCCGCCCUCGGUCUGGGUGGUUACUACCUGUACCGCGCCGGUGGUGAUCCCAAGGGUGCCACGCAGGAGGUCAAGCACGAUGCCCAUAUUGCCCGCUUGAACGCCCCCACGGGUAACCAGGCCGAGAAGGCCGGCGAAAAGGCCGGCUAUGAGGCCCGCCUGAACGUUGACAAGACUGUCGACUCCGCUCGCGCCGAGGCUAAGAACCAAGCCAGCCGCCUCGAGCAAAUCCGCCAGGACACCACCGCCGAGCUCAAGUCCGGCGCCGAGAAGAUCGAGCACAAGGUCGAGGAGAAGGCCUCCGAGGCCAAGGGUGCGCUGUCGGGUUGGUUUGGCAAGAAAUAGAGGAAUCGCCUGCUGCCUACUGCGCCGCCUACUUCUCGCCGAAUGUUAUACGCCGCACGCAGUACUUGUGAGUUGCGGUGGAGUGUGAUGCUGUGAAUGAUUUCUCUUGUCGCGGGUUGCUUUUUUGUUCAUUGCUUCUUUUUCCAAUCGGGCGGGAGUUGAGUGAUUGAUUUGAUUACUGUUCUUUUUGGUCUGUCGUUGUUGAUGAAAACUCAGUCCUGGACAUGAGGGGAGUCGAGUGGAAUUGCAUCUGUAUGGCUGGGCCCUGCAUGUGUUUAAUCUUUUUCGAGUUGAU